GCGACCGUUAGCUGGGCCGGGCGAAUGCGGCGGUACCAAGAGGAGAAAAAUCUGACCGUCCGUGCCGGGUGAUGCGAAAAGUCCCAUUAUCACAUCAAAACCAGGGUAUUCCGUCGCAUGCUCGGGCCAGGAAAGAAGAUAUGAGAAUGAGAUUUGCCUAAUGGUGAUGGGCUCAUCUGUUCAGUGAGAUAGAUUUGGACCUUUGAGAACUCGUGGAACCUGAUCCUGACAUUUGGGUGACGGCAGUAUCUCCAGAUCAUCUUGCUCUGCCCGUCACCUUUACUUUCCCCACCUUUGCACCUCUGGAGGAGAAACUUCUCUGAGGGAUCGGACUCCUCACCACCACACACUUACGAGCCAGACUUCCCCCUCCCCUCCCACAUCACCUCAUCCUCACCUCCCUGAGAGGGAGUGAACAGCAGCCACCAUGGUGCUGUCACAGAGACAAAGAGAUGAACUAAACCGGGCCAUAGCUGACUAUCUUCGUUCCAAUGGCUACGAGGAGGCAUAUUCCACUUUCAAGAAAGAAGCAGAGUUAGAUAUGAAUGAAGAAGUAGAUAAGAAGUAUGCAGGGCUGUUGGAAAAGAAGUGGACCUCGGUUAUCAGAUUACAGAAGAAGGUGAUGGAAUUGGAGUCAAAAUUGAAUGAGGCUAAAGAGGAGAUGACACACGGAGGGUCUGUGGGCCAGAAGCGCGACCCCAAAGAGUGGAUCCCUCGCCCCCCAGAGAGAUACGCCUUGAGUGGGCACCGUGCUCCGGUCACGCGUGUUAUAUUCCACCCCGUGUUUUCAGUCAUGGUCACAGCUUCUGAGGAUGCUACCAUUAAGGUGUGGGACUAUGAAGCAGGGGACUUUGAGCGAACCCUCAAAGGCCACACAGACUCUGUGCAGGACAUCUCCUUUGACCAGUCAGGAAAACUUCUGGCUUCAUGUUCAGCUGAUAUGAGCAUCAAACUUUGGGAUUUUCAGGGCUUUGAGUGCAUUCGAACAAUGCAUGGCCACGAUCACAAUGUGUCAUCUGUAGCUAUUAUGCCAAAUGGUGACCAUAUAGUAUCUGCCUCCAGAGAUAAGACUAUCAAGAUGUGGGAGGUGGCCACUGGGUACUGUGUGAAGACAUUUACAGGCCAUAGGGAGUGGGUGAGGAUGGUGCGUCCCAAUCAGGACGGCUCGUUGAUUGCCAGCUGCUCCAAUGACCAGACGGUGCGCGUCUGGGUGGUUGCCUCAAAGGAGUGUAAAGCUGAGUUGCGGGAACACGAACAUGUGGUAGAGUGCAUCGCUUGGGCCCCCGACAGCGCUCACCCCACCAUCCUAGAAGCUACAGGCUCAGAGAAUAAGAAGAGUGGAAAACCUGGGCCUUUCCUGCUCUCUGGCUCCAGAGAUAAAACGAUCAAGAUGUGGGAUGUGAGCAUCGGGAUCUGCCUCAUGACUCUGGUGGGACAUGACAACUGGGUGCGCGGGGUAUUGUUUCACCCUGGAGGAAGAUUCAUAGUGAGCUGUGCUGAUGACAAGACCAUUAGGAUCUGGGACUACAAGAACAAACGCUGCAUGAAGACCUUGAGUGCCCACGAACACUUUGUUACCUCUCUUGAUUUCCACAAGACUGCUCCCUACGUGGUGACGGGCAGUGUCGAUCAGACAGUCAAAGUGUGGGAGUGCCGCUGAGAUUGCCUCAAUCACCCCCAACCUCCACCCCUAAAGCCCAACCCUGUCCUGCACCCUCUUCCUUGUGCCCACCCCCAACCCUCUGCACUUCAAACCAUAGUAGACCAAGGCCGCUUUCCCCUCUCCUCGCUGCCCUCCCCCCCCCUCCUCCCCUACAUCGGUCCAGCCCUAUUAAGAUGACUAUUGUCCUUUUGUGUAAAUUAUUCUGGAUGUAGGGUACGCUUAAUAAAUGUCACGCAAUCUCUGACACAUAAACACACUCAAAAAAAAAAAACAAACAAACAAGAAGUAUCCUUGCAUGGUUAAUCCAACAAAAAAAAAAUUUCUCUACUGUUAAAUUUGCAUACCGUUCUCAUGACUUCCUGUCGGGUCAAAGGGUAAAUAUCUGUGUGCUGGCUUAGGUGGGUUCUGGUUAACUGACAGUGCACGAAUACCAAUAGCACCUCUUUGUUGGAGGGGUUUAGUUUAAUUUUAUUUUACUCCAUGCCGCCAUUGUUGUGUGGUCUGUCACUGUGUGGUUGGUGAUGGAGAAAGUGUGAGGGAGGUGGGGAAAAGUGGAGCCUGUCCAGGAGACGACGCUGACAAUGAAGAUGAAAAACUGAAGCAGGCUGCGGCUCCCUAGUUGAAUCUCAUGAGUUUUGUUUUGUUUUUUGUUUGUUUUUUUGUGCGAGUGCACAUGUACGUGUGUGUUUACGUCGUGUGAGUGCGCGUGUGUGUUUGUAUGUCACGACAGGAGAAUCUCUCCAGCGUCUCUGCUCUGAUGGUCAGAGGAGAGAGAGGAGGCAAAGCUUCUCACCCGCUGUGUUCAUUCAUGCCGCUUUCAUCUCUUUUAACAAACUUGCUUUCUAGUAGACACUCACAGGACCUUAAUGAUCCAUAAGCUGCUGAGAGCACAGGCACACAGCCCAUAGCGAGAAGUGUGUUUAACAGAGGAAAAUAAGCCGGCUCACCUUUUUCUUCCUGAGGUUUGUGCGUGUGUGUACGUCGCCCUGGAGAAAUCGCCCAGUGCCCUCUUUUUUGCUCGCUAUCUCUGCCUUGUUAACCCACUGAGGGCUCCCUCACACGGGAUUUUCAUUCUGCUUUCUGUGGUCUCACUGCUCUCUUUACACACACACAAACACACUCACAAACACUCACAAAUGCACAUACAUGCACAGUAAAAGUUGUGUAUCAAUAUAUCUGGAUGUCAUUGUUUGCAACAUAAUAAAGAAAAUUCUGUAAAUAUAA